AUGGCGAGGACACGGUCAACCAAGCCCUCAACAGCAGCUCCGGCAGCUGAUGCCGACUCGAGCAGAUCAAAAUCAGCCAUUACUCUCGUCCCUCACUCCGGCGAGCCUCCCAAGGUCUUUAUCCUCCCGUCAAAGGCAACCCCCGAAGCUCGAAUCGUCACCCUCCCCAACCCUCGAACCUCACAGCCGUCGCGAUACCUCGCAUGUCCCGAUACCGGCAUCUACGAAUUCAAGCGGAUUGCCGCUCCGAAGUCUGAACCCCGAAGCUGGCUUAUCGAAGCAUCUACCGACUCUGAUCAAGCCAAGACUGGAGACAAUGCCAGCGCAGGCUCUCAGGUGACAAUGGGAUCGGAGCUCUUCGUCGCCACUGCUCUGGAUCCCCUCUUCUUGGUUCUGCCCGCUCUGGCCGAUGCAAAGGCAUCAAAAGGAUCAGAAAAGCCGAAGCGACUGUUUUUGUCCAGCGAUGACCACUUAGACAAGCUGCCGCAGGAGAGCUCGCAUUUAUCCGAAAUUCUGCGUUGGGACACAACACGGCGGCUGAUAGAGAGCCGGAUGAGCGCAGUUUGCGACACGGUCGACGCCGGGGAUGAAAGCAUGUUUCGGCUGAAUGAGGACAAGCUUCUUGAAGUCAUCUACCAGAAAGCCAAGAGGAUGAGCAAAAGCGGCCUCCCGCCAAGCAUGGAAGACAAGUUUGUGAACAAAGUUCUUGAAGCACCGCUCAUGCAUCGGGUGUCCACAGCAUCAAGUACAGAGACGGACGCUUCAUCCGUUUCUCAAACAAGCACGGCCGCAACAUCUAUUGCCGGGGAGCAAGCAGACGAGACCGUUACCAGCGCUCUGCAAGCCUCACCGGAAACUGUCGAGUUACAAAAGUUAAAGACGGCUUUUGAAUUCAUCUGCGCAAGCUAUAUUCCUUCUGGACUGGCGGAUACUCUCAGGCAGAGCUUCACCGGGACAGGCGGGCCAGUGGAUUUCUCUCCCCUGAAUGACUAUCUCGCAAGCCUCGAGAAGCUGCGGUCCGAAACAAUGGCCGUCAGGGCGCAGGACUACUCCCGCAAACGAAACAUGGACGAGGAAGAGGACGAGGCUCGGAUGGAGAAGAAGAGGAAGAUGGAAGAGGAGAAGAAGAAAAAGGCGAGCGAGAGCCGUGGCGUCCGGGAGCUGAAAAAGGUCAACACCAGUGGGAUGAAGAAGCUGAGUCACUUCUUCCAGAAGAAAUAG